AUGAACAGCCGUCGAUUGGCAAUCGGGCUUGCUCGAUAUGUUCAACAGGACACCAAUCAAGAAGUUAAGGGAGAAAUAAUAGCUGCAUUUAUCUAUAGACUACGGGUUGUGGUAAAUUACAAAAGCAAAGAUGUUGACGAAAUCUGCGAAGCGAUGCGAAUUCUCAUCCAAAGACUUGUCGAUCUUCCUCCAGUAACGUUCGCACCUGAAGUAUGGAUGCCCUUAAUGGCAGCAAUAUCAGAAGGUGGAAUCGAACCACAAUGGAGAAUGAUGAUGGAAACAGUUGAUGUCUCAAGUCUUCCCCCACCCACAGAACCAAAUGAUCCUGAAUCUGAUUUUGAAGAUGAAAUUGAUCUACAAUUAACGACUUCUCCGAAAUAUUAUGAACAAAUAACAUCAAUUUGCAAAGAAUUUGUACUUAAAUAUGGUCUGACUCGGAGAGUUUUCGCAGCAAUUUUGGGUACAGAUUUGAGUGAAACAAUGGAGAAAAUGAUUGAUCAGAAAUGGGAUUCGCUGAAAAUUCAGACAUCGAAUGAGUCAGCAAGUCAAGCAAGUUAUCUGAUGGAAAGGAAUAUUUUUGACGUUUUUUCUGAAAUGAAGGAUCAUGAAAUGUUUGCGAAAGAGCUGUUUUAUGCAUCGUUGGCAAGGAUUUUGAAACGUCUCCAAGAGCACCAAAAACCGAGUCAAGAUUCUGAAGACGUUUCAUUUUAUGAGUCAUCUUUCCAAAUUUUCGAUGAAGUCCUCAAGAAAAUGUGGCCAUAUCUUUCGAAAACAGAUUCGAGCAUCAAGAAAAACAGUAUGAAAAUAUUCGAAAAACUUCUAAGUAUUUGUCCAAACAACGUGCUUGUUCAAAAAUUGACAGAAAAAUUUGUGGAUACGUGUGGAUGGCUAAAAAUUUCUGCAGAAGAUAUUUGUGAAGAAAUGGAGCCAAGAUUGUGGAAAGUUGUUGGGUCACUUGUGGCACGACUUCUUGAUUUGAAGAAAACGAUUCCAUAUGAAAUUGUUUCGUACGCAAUCGCUGUUCAUAUAACACAAGAAGUGACGCUAGCCAGUCCAGAGGAUUAUGCUCCAGACGAUUUUGAGGCACUUUGCGAACAACCACCAGGUGGAAGUAAGAAGGAAAUGUUUUUGAGAUCAAUGGUUGAUGCGACCCGUGCCUCACUUCUCCAAGUGCUCAUUUAUCUCAGAACUUCCAAAAGUAGUUCAGAUGUUGUUCAGUUUAUGAGAGACUACUAUUCAGAGCUGGUUUUCAGUCAAGAAACUCUGAUUAUGCAUGCAUCAAUUGACAUGUUCAGAGAAUCAACAUUUCGGGAUUCAAUUAAAUCUGAAGAUAUUCUAUCCAUCGUUGAUUCUAUCAUUGAUACACCUGCGAUUGUGUCGAUGGUUCUCGUUAUAUGUGGAAUCAAAGAUGUAAAAACAGCAAAACAGGCUCUUGAGAAAACAUUGAUUCGAAUGGCCAACGAUUUGGAAGAUGAAGAUCAAAAAAGAGAAGGAUAUGUCAAUCAUUUACACGAAUCUAGCUCAUUCUGGGCAUGUGUUGCGAAGUAUGCGGAUAGGAAUAUUCUUGAUAAAGCUGCCAAACGAUUUGUUGAAGUUGCUAUUGACAGUCCCGAUAUUCGGACUGCUACGCUGUCGGCUGAUAUUUUUUUGACAAUUUUAAAGUUGGAACUAGUUUCUGAUGCCGAAAAGUUGUCAGAAGAUGCUGUAAUCUGUAAUGCGAAGUUCUCAAAUUGGGAUAUGGAAGAAUCGAGAUUCAGACAAGUCGGAAACAAACUAGUAGAGUGUAACAUGGCGAAACGACCGAAAUAUGCGCAAGUGCCCCUUUUCACACUUCAACAUUUACAAGAAGUCGAUAGUCUUCCGAUGAGAGAUUUGAUCUACACUGUGACUCUGAUGCAAUUUCUGAAAACAAAAGAAGGAAUGGAGUUGCAUAAACAGUUCUAUGAAAACUAUCCGGGACUCGAUGAAAUCUUCGAAAACUUUCAUUCACGAGAACACAAGAUUCGAUUGUGUUCGAGACUUCUGGGAGAGUUCGCCAAAAUUGUUUCGGAAAAUGAAAAAGGAAGUCUGAUUUUCAGUUUGGAUCAUGAAAAUGUUCUGAACUGGUUAGAAGAAAUUGGUAUUAUAGAUUCGCCUAUAAUCUCUGAGAAACUGAUUGAUCUCACUUUCCAUGUUGAAGUAUGGCAUGCUUUGAACUUUCUGCAAUUCGAGAGUACCGAGUGUCAUUUCGACGAUGUUCAAACUUUUGGACGAAUCUGGAUGACGAAUGUGAUGGAAGUUAUACCAGACAAAACACUAAGAGAAGUUGAAGAUCAAAUAACAAUUAUGUUGAGGAAUCAGUAUGAAAAGCAGGGUUAUAAAAUGAAGGCGUUACGAGAGAAACGAUUCAAUGGAAAAUUCCCAAAAUAUCCGAAACCUGAACCAUUGGAACCACAGAUAUUGUCGAUGCAUAAUAGAAUUGGUAUUUGGUUAACGAAGAAGAAAGUGGAAGAGUUCGCUGAUGAAUCUACAAAGCUUUUCACGUGGCUUAUUGGAGUUUGCUCUGGACAAAAGUCAUAUGGGGAUGUGGUCACGGCGGAAGCGAAGAAGAUUCUGGCAAAGCUCUAUCCGGAUCAACAAAAACAAGAAGACAUUAAACAUUAUUUUGGAAUGUCAGCACUGUUGAAUGGAAUUGGAAUAUGCAAAGAAGAAGAGGGAAAAUUCUCAUUCCGCCCAAUGUUUAUUCGAAUUUAUCAAGAAGUUGUGUCUAGAGAUAUGACUACUUGGGAAGCUGGUUAUUCGAUGGAAGUCAUCAGUAAACGAUUAGGAGGAUUCCAUGAAUGGUUGGAAGAUGUGAAUGAGGAAAAGUUAGAGAAAGACAAUGGUCAUCAUCUCCAAGUGAUUCAAAAGCUAUCCCAUCAUUGCUGGUUUAAACUCAGAACUAUUGAAGUGGCUGAAUUGGACAAUACGACUCCAGACCAUAUUCUUCUUACUCUCAGAAAGUUUUCUGAAGUUAUAGCAAGUCGAAUGGACAAGAUCAUAAAUUGGCUCAUUCCUACACUCAGUCCAUUCACUUUAGCUUCACGACUCGAUCUACUUUUAGAAAUUAUUUUCUUAUUCCCUGAAAUAGUGGAAAAGUACAGGAAGCAAAUUGAAUCGUAUUUCUUCAAACUAUUCGAUUUGUUCCUUAAAGAAGAAUACAUUGAUGGACUUGUCAAUAAUCCAGAGUUCAAAAUUCAAACAACUGACAAAUAUCUGUCGUCCACUUUGAACACAAAAAGGGAAUACUAUUUGAAAGAUCCGACCCAAAAUAAACUGUUUCGAGUUCCGGAUCUGUUGAUGUUGAUCAGCAAAUAUGGAUCAAAGAAUGUUCAAAUUUAUUGUUUGAAAAAAAUCGGAGAAGCAUUGGCAAUCCUUCCUGGAAAAAUUCUGGAGAAUCAGGAAGUUCUUAGAGGAAAUAAGAAUAUUGAGGAGAACUCCGAAAAACGUGUUGCCUGUGAUGUAAUCGUUCUGUCAGAGUUCCUGGGGUACUUCAACUGUCUUUACUCUCAAAUUUCGAUGGAAACUCUAUCUGAACCUUCUGAAGAAACCAUAAUGAAGACUUUCAUGCUGCUCGAUACUGGAUCUCGCUCGAAAAAUGAGACUAACAAGAGGAAAACGAGUAGCGGUUUGCCACGUCAUCAUCAGGAUCAUAUAGACAUGAAGUACUGUACCUUCAAGUCAACUGGAAACAAGUUCACAAGCCAGCAUUGGUACAACUGUUACACUUGCAACAUGAUGGAAUCUACUGGAGUAUGCAGUACUUGUGCUGUCAACUGUCAUCGUGGCCAUGAGCUUGCCUACUCGAAAAAGGGAGCAUUUUUCUGUGAUUGUGGAUCAAAACCGUGUGAUGCAAUGAAAGGAGCCGAUCAUUAUCCGAAUGCGAUGAACUCGUUAAGAGGACAAUUUCCAGAUAAUAGUAUUCAGAAAACGUCACCAAAGCCUAGAGAUGUUUUUGUGUACUUCUUCGAAUUCUUGAAAACAAAAGAUGAUGACUUUGAAGAAUUGAAGAAUUCACUGAAAGCAGUUCAGAAAGAAUUUCAAAAAGCUCAAAACGACUUGGAGAAAGUUUUGGAAUCGAUCGAUUACGCAAAUCGAAAGGCAUUGAAUGUCACCGAACAUCAGAGAUCAGUUGUUGAGUCGAUGAAGAAUAUGGAUAGAGUUGUGUUGGAAGAGAAAGAGGAAUUCAUGUCGCCUCUAGAUGCAGCAGGUCACUUUCUUCCAAUACGUGGAUCCGAUUCAAUGGUUCAAGACAGGGGCUUGAGUAUAACUCUACGUCAGCGAGAACUGGCAGACAUCAUAAAAUUGGAUGAUGGAACAGAGCUACUCGUGAUGAUACCAGAUAGCGUUCAAUCGUGUCUUCAAUUACAUUAUAUGGACACGAGGACUCAUUUGCUUCAAGGAAUGCAUUGUCUUCGGACUGAAACUGAGCAAAUUCCAUUUAGUCCCGUCAGUUUGGAUGUGUCCGGAAAUCGUUUGGUUGUUUGCGGAACCUAUGAGAUCUAUGCAUUGAGAUUCUCUCCGCAAGGUACUGUUAUUGAUAGAGCACACAUUAAGCUAUUGGAGAAUGGAAGUUCUGGCUCGAUGAAUGGAAAUCCGGUGAAGAAAGCAAGAUUUUGUCCGGAGAUUGAAGGGGACACGAGGAAAAAACAGUUGAUUGCAGUAGCCACAAUGCAAUACAUCCGGGUCUACGACCUGACUCUCCAUGAGACCAACUUCGUGGAAGAAAUGGUUUUGACUACUGGAAAUGUUGAAGACGUGCUCAUUCUGAAUCCGGUUAAUGGGAAUAUUAGAGUAUUGGUUCUCUCGUCAUCUGGAUAUCUCUAUGAGCAUAAUAUCAGCGACUGUACUGCUGAUAACAACUCAAUUUUCCUGACAAAUGUUGUUAAUACUCCUGGAAUGGAUAUGAAUGGUGAUGGAGUAUCUCUUCACUACUCAUCGAAAUUCAAUCUGCUCUUUGUAUCGCUCGACUCUGCCCUCUACGUAGCUCGUUUACCUGAACCAACUGGCAACUCACAAGCGCCAAUCUAUGACUGGAAACCAAUGAAUAUCAAAUGGCCAGUGGAAGUUUGGAGAGAAGCAUCUGGAAUCAUUGCGUGUUUAUCAAAAGAAAUAACAGAUCAAGUCAUGUAUUUCCAUCCGACUGUUGAUAAAAUCAUGAUCCAAAAAACUCAAGUAAAUCGGCCAAUUAUGACAUUUUUCAUGAUGACAAGUUCCAAAAAUCAAUCGAUUUACUCUGUUAUGAUAUUCCCUAAUUUGCCGACAUGUGAAAUUUGGGAAUCCUCAUGGGAAAACGUUCAUGAUUUAUGGAUUGCCGACGUGCCAAGUGAACGUUUCGCGAUUGAAGUUGUCGAGCAGAAGACGGUUCCAAAACCAUUGGAUAAAGAAGAUUUGGUGUUGCUGGCUGAACAAUGUGAACCGAUUGGAACUGUUGAAUGGAGUUGUCGAGAUAUUGAAAUGUUCUAUACGCAUACUGAAUUGAAUCAUCGUUUGUCGAUUUCCGAAUCAAUGCCGAUUACUGUAGUUCAGCAGACACACUUCACGUUGACUGCAAGAGUUACUAAUUCAAGACAAAUCGUUCGUAUGAUCCGUCUCGAAGUAGAAGGACCAACAGGACCAGAGUAUCUCAAAAUCGGAAAUACUCGUUACACAGUGUCUACCCGAAAUGCAAAAGUUUAUGAUUUGAGACUCACACGUGAAGAAUCUCUUACUCUCGAUCAUCGGAACAUAACUAUUGAAGUGAUUCCAAAGACCAAUCAGAAUACUGUAAAACUUAAAUCUCUGAAAUUGUAUGGAUGUGAUCGGAAUGCAAUGGAUGAAAUCCAACCAAGAUUCGAACGUCAACCAGUAUUAAAUACUCCAAAUCGUCUGGUUUAUUCCAUUCUAGAAUUCCCAGGAGAAGACGUCCAAUGGGUUGAAAAAGUUGCAGAAUCUCAUCUCUCCAGAAAACUGAAUCACCCAUCUGUUUGCUCAAUCUCCACAAAAUCAAUUUUGAAAUGUCAUCCGAAAAUCGAUGAAAAACUGUUCCAAAUUAUCGACAGAUCGUAUUUACAAGAGUGGAAAUCACUUGCCAACUGGACAGAAGAAUCCGGAUUCUCAGAGAUGAGAAUGCACCAUGUGGAGCAUUUACUGGAUAGAAUGGAAGCAGUUAGAACAAGAUGGCCUUAUUUCUAUCAGACCCUGAAACAAGAGUUCGGAGCAGUGACAUGUUUUGUGGAAUUGAUGAGAGAUGAAAUGAGAAAGAUGCCACUUCACAGAUGUCAAAUGAUGGCUCAAGCGAUAGUGAAAGUUGUUUUUGGAAUGUUGAGUUAUGGAACUGAUGAAUCAGAGAAACUUAUUCAUGUCUUCUUGGAUAUCUUCACGGAUAACUCCACCUAUCAUUUAGCUAACGACCUUCGAUCAGCAGUUCAAGAGACUUUUUCGAGAUAUGAUAAUGUAUUGAAACAAGAGAAACAAUUGAUUGAAGGAAAGGACAAAAAAGAGCUCAUCCGAAUCGGCAAUACUGGUCUUGCUCCGUUCUAUGGUGCUCCGAGAGUUCUUGCAAAGACGCCAGCUAACUUGAUGAUUUCAAAUGUUACCGACACUUUGCCGUUGGAGGAAAUAGAGAAAACUACUUGGCUAGAUCAGAUAAUAUCGUUACUUUUAGAGAAACUUUCGAGAUCGAAAUCAACAUCCACGUGGCAAAACAUCUCUGACUCUCCAGCUUACAAUUUGUCAAGAGUCUUGGCCAGUUGUGUUGCAAUCUGUGAUCCAAAAAUCAUUGGAUCCCACUUCUCGAGACUGAUUCGACUGAUCAGUUACGAUGCGAAUGAGAUUUAUCCGUUCAGUGAAAAAACAUUCCCCAACUAUUCUCUGUUAAGAUCUGUGGAACUUCUUCUUUUUGUAUGUCUCGAAAAACGAGGAGAGGAGAAAAAAGAGAAUUUGGAAAUGUUGGAUUCAAUUGUUAACGAACUCCAAACUGUCGGAAUUCGAGAUUUAUGUUUCAACGUUUUGGAGAAAGUGAUUCCUGAAUGGAAGGAGAGAGGACCUGCCACGUUUGCGAGAAACUCUUCUGAAAGUCAUCGAAAAGUUUGGUUGCCACACGUUCCAUUGGUUUCAUCGUCUGCAAAUCCGCCAAAUGCAAAUGUUAUGAACUGGCCAUCUAGCCUCGAAGACGCUUACAUUAUAGCUUGCACCGAUUUGGUUCUCCUAAUCCCACAACAUCUUCAAGAAUUAGACCGCAGAAAAUCAGUACCACGUGACGAUCGUUGGAUUCAGAAAUUGUGUCAAUUGGCUAAUUUGAGCAAUGGAUGUUCAGCAUAUCGACAAUGUAAAAAGCUUCUUCUUGCAAUGUGUUACAAUGAUGAAACGAAAUACAAAAUAAUGAGAGACAAGUAUAAAAUGCAAGAACUUCUUCAACAAUUGGUUAAUAAGUAUUUGAAUGUGAGUAAAGAGGUUGGAGGACAUCAACAGUUGACUGAAAUCGUGGAUAUUCUUGCUUCAAUUACAAAGCUCGCAAUGAUUCGACCAGAUAUGUGGAGAGAUGUUUGCAGUACUUAUACCACUUGGCUCCUCCGUCUCGCUUGUUACACAACAAAAGUUGUCGCAUCCCAAGUUGUCGAACUUCUCAUAGUCGCUGUCCGUGAUUCAAGUGUUGGUGGGCAACUGAGCAUUCAGUUGGCUGAUAGUAUCAUUGAAGCUCAAAAUGGAGAAUUUAUUGAAAAGAUAAUCAAAAGAUUUUUAAUAGGAAAGGACGAACAAUUGAGAUGGACACUUCAUGGCAUGCUUCGAUCUGUUAUCCAAUUGGCAAGUCGGCAGAAUCAGUGUUCGAUUGUCAAGAAAUUGUACAACACUGUAUAUCCAAUGGUAGAGAAUCUUGGAGUUCAAGGUGCUCAGCUGGUCGAUCUCAUUGCAACGUACGCCCCCAGAGUGUUCAGUUCUGCAGAGCUGGUAUCCAUGACUCAAUCUGAAAUUUCAACGAUUCAAAAGAUCGGGGACACGCUGGAUAAGGAUGGAUAUCAGGGAAUGUACGAACUAAUGAGUCAUUUGGGUCUCGGAUGGAAAUCAAUUCAAUUCGACAGAAAUCCAUGUCUUGUUUGCUUCACAAGUAGAGGAAUUCAUGAUGUUGUGAAGAUGACUACAAUCAAAUCAGAUACCAGAUAUUCUGCCAAUACCAUGAUCUACAAGCUACUCUCAAAUUAUGAAAUUUCAAAAGUCAUUAUCAAACUGAGUGAUGUCAAAAAGAGUAAAGCCAUCAGGAAAGUUUCCCUCUAUUACUCAGCCAAAUCCGUUGAAUCUGUGGAAUUGAAAUUACAUCCUGAAUUGUGGAGAAAGUGUGCAGUAGUCAAUGUUGGAGAAAACGAGACAAUAAUCAACCUCUCGUUGGCUGUUCCAGUCGUAACUUCCUCAUUGAUUAUUGAGUUCGAUGAAGUCACGGAUCAACGUAGUUCCAGUCAACUUCAUUGUCCCCGUUGCUCUGGACCUGUUCGAACUCAUUCGGGAGUGUGUGAUAGUUGUGGAGAGAAUGCAUUCCAAUGCAUGAAGUGUCGAUCCAUAAAUUACGUGGAAAAGGAACCAUUCUUAUGUCAAAGUUGUGGGUACUGUAAGUACGCGAGGAUCGAGUUAUCGGCAGUGUGUCGGGCUCUUCCUGGUGCUCAACAUAUCACCUGUGAUGCUGAAAGAGGACAAUGUGUACAGGAAAUCACGCAGUUAUUGACUAAAAUGGAGACUACUAAAACCAAAUUAACUGGAUACAGAGCUGUAUGCGAGUCUCUCUACCUCAAAAACCGUCCUCUCCCGCCCUACAAACUUCACGUGGAAAACAACCAUGCAUCUGAAUUCUUCGAAACGAACGGAACAAUGAGCACAGAGCAAUUGGCAUUCCAAUCGGUCACGAAUCCAAUGAGUAAUCUUGCGGUUACAAUCAAAACUCUUCACACAGAGCUAUGUCAACAAACUCAACAGCUGAUGUACUUACACGAGGAAUUGAAUCGAUAUGAUCAUGCAUCAGAAGUAUCAAUUGUGUUCCAUAAAUCACAGAACACUUCUUACUAUUCAACAAGUGAAUCAUGUUUCGGAUGUCUCUGUAAUCAACUUCUCCAUUCGAUCGCCCUUCUUCAUUCUGCUUGUGACGAUGAAAAUGCACUGAAUCUCCUUCUUUCAUUCGAUUCAACAAUCGAGAGACUUGGAAUAUUAGCUCAAACUUAUGAGACACUUCGAGAAGAAGUUGAAGAACUGCUAGUUCGUUUGAUGUUUGGAAGAACUGAUGUCACCUCGAAAAUUGAGAAAUUGAUUGAAAAUGGAGAUGUCAACUUGUCGGUGAUGGUCAAAUCCUUGAUGUAUGCAGCUGAUCCAACAUGGCAACAAAAACUGAAAUUAUUAGUUCGAUUUGCAAUUGAGAAGAGAGAUGAGAACAGUUGUCUUCAAGCUUUGAUGGUUUUGAAUAAAUAUUUGGAAGCGACGAAAACAGUUUCGAUGGAUGAGAGGAAGAAGAUUAAAGUGACGAAGAAGGAAGGAGUCGUCAAAUGGCUUACUUCAGACGAAGAUUGGAACGACUGUUGUUCGAUAGCCUCAACAUCUACCGCUCCUCCACCCUCAACACCGUCAAAUCCUUACGAAUGGAUUUCUGAAUGUCUUUUCUCUCAAUGGAUGUCUGUUCGAUCGGCAGCAAAUCAAUUGUUGAUAAAUCUAUCUCGUCAACAAUUCCAUGAACCAAUUGCUUUACUUCUUCUGUGUGAGAAUUUAGCGAAACUGACGACUCUUCCUUCGGCAGACUGCGAUCAGUUCAUGAGUUCAUGUCAUACGAUAAUUGAUUCGUCCGUCAAUACGAAAACAAGAUUAUUUGUACAACAGUUCCAUGUGUACCUCAUCAGAAAAAUUCAUGAAGAAUGUGCAAAUCUACAUGGACAGAAGAUCACACUUUCAACGGAUAAUACAUUUGGAGAGAGAUUGAGAUGCUUCGUUGAAUUACUGUCGCUUCUCUUAUCUGGAUCAUAUGUCGAAAACGUUCUUCUGAAGGCUGGAGCUGAUGAUUUAUUGAUUUUCUUGCUUCAUUCUACCAUCUUUUUGAAAAGAAUGAUGACUAGAAGGACGCGUGCAAUCGAUUCAUCUCGGACGGCAUUAGAGAAACUAUUAAAAAGAGUUUCAUGUCGAGAUGGUACGAAACUGAUGAGUGUAUGUGUGGAUUCGUUGAAGUUGGUGAAAGAUACUUCCACAUUGGGAAUCAUUGUUGGCGUCAUGAUGGAAAUCAUGAAUCCACAACAGGAAACUGAAGAGUCGUUCCUCAUUCAGAUUGAGAAAGAUGUGGCACAAGAAGACUUUUUACAAGGAAGAAUGACACAUAACCCGUAUAAUUCAAACGAUCUUGGAAUGGGACCUCUGAUGCGUGAUAUCAAGAACAAAAUCUGCCGAGACACUGAAAUGAUAGCGUUGAUGGAAGAUGAUAAUGGAAUGGAAUUGCUUGUAAAUGGGAACAUUAUUUCACUCUCCUUGAGUGUUCGAGAGGUUUAUGAUCGGUUGUGGAAGAGAACAAAUAACGGUUCUCCUAUGCUCAUUGUCUACCGUAUGCGUGGAUUGAUGGGAGAUGCUGUGGAAACGUUCAUUGAGAAUUUUGGAGUCGCUGAGAAUUCAGAAGAAGACGAUGAAGAGGAUGAGCAGUUGGUCCGAAUGACUAAUUGUUUGACACAAUGUGGAGGAAUUGAUAAGUUGAUGGAUUUGAUGGCGACUAACGUGGAGUCAAGCUCUGGAAGAUUUCUUCUCGGACACCUUCGGAAGAUGUUCGAACGAAUUGUGAAGAUUCCUGUCGGCCGAAGAGUUUUAAUUGAACGUCGAAUGGUUGAAAGAAUGAUGUCAGUGGUUCGAACGUGUUGUGCAGAUCCAACAAAUGAAUCGAAAGUUGCAAUCGGGAUGGAGUUAUAUAAAGUUGUUGAAUUCGUGGUUUCCGAUAAGCAUGUCCAGGAUAUAUUAUGUGGAAUCAAAGAAGAAGACGCUAAUUGGUGGUUUGACCUGUUCGAGAAACGUGGAAAUGAAGAGGGAUCAGUAACAGAAUUACAUCGAAAAACUGCACAAAUUCUGGAUCAAAUGACAUCGAGCAUCGGAAACAUAGUAAUGGGAUCAGAUGCAUCUGAAAAUGUUCUCGUUGGAAUGUACUCCAGAAUUCUGAAAUGGGAUGUUAUUGAUGCAGGUGUACCACCUUCGGAUAUUCAAGCACGUCAACGAAUUUCAAGAAGAGAUCAAACUAUUAUGAUGACUGAACAGCUGGCGAAUAUUACAGCAAACAUUCUUCCAUCCACUUAUGGAGCAAGAUUGAAGCAAAAGAUUCUGGAUUCUGGAGUUAUUGCCACGACUUGUCAGUACUUGAUGAAAGAUCUUCCGAAUCUUUAUCAGCCAACAGAGUCACCUGAAUGGAAGGUUUUCUUGUCACAGCCAUCGUUGAAGUUAAUUUUGACUCUUCUCGCUGGACUCGCACGUGGACAUCAAGCUUCGCAGAAAGAGAUUGCAAAGACUACUUUGAAGCUGAUGCACCGUCUCGAACAAGUGGCAUCUGAUAAUUCAAUUGGAACAUUGGCUGAAAACGUGAUCGAAGCUUUGAAUGAAGAUGAGGAAGUGAAAAAUCAAAUCAAAAUGGUUCGAGAUGAAACGGAGAAGAAAAAGAAGCAGAUGGCAAUGAUGAAUCGAGAGAAACAAUUGAUGAAAAUGAGAAUGAAAGUGGGAACAGGAGGACAGAUUAAGGUCUCCUCAAGAACCCUUCACAAUGAACCAAGUAUCGAUGACACCGACUCGCUUUCGUGUUGUAUCUGUCGAGAAAGUGUGAUUCGUGGAAGUCAGGCAUCUGGAGUCUACGCAUUCGCCGCUAUCGAUCAAGAGUCAGCCCGUACUUGUACAGUUUCAAUGAUGGUUAUGGUACACCUGGACUGCCAUAAAAAUGCGAUUCGUGGUGGAGGCGGCGGACGGGCGGUUGAUGAGUGGACACGAUCAAAAUUGCACAAUGCAGGUGCCAAGUGUAAUGUGAUUACUCCGAUUGCAAUGGGAACGACUACUGAUGAGAUAUGGAUAGAAGCAAUUCAUCGAUACGAGAUCGAUAUUGGAAGGGUUUCUGGAUUGGCUCAUGUAGUUGUUAACAGAAAUUUCGUUUUCAUUGACAUCUGUAAAUUGGUUAAUCGAUUCAUUCAUAAGAGAUCCUUCUCCCUUCAAUCAGAAGGCGGUGGUCGCGAAUCUAACAUGCAAUACCUUGCCAUUCUUCAUCUUUUCGGUGUUUCUCUUCCAGCUGAUGCUGCAGAAUUGGAAAUCUCCUCUUCCGAUCAACGUCUCAUUGGAUUCCUCUUCACAGAGCUGACCACUGAGAGUUGGAAUGAUCAGAAGAACGACGUACUGCGUGCAACUCUACACGAUGCUCAGACAAAUGGACCGAUUGCCACGUAUCAAGAUGCGAAACCCAUUCUUAUGACGUGGGCGUUCGUGGAUGCGUAUUUCAAUAAAGUUAUCAAGAUCACCGGAGAUGAUCGUUUGGAAUGGCUCCGUGAGCAUCUUGUCGAAACUAUCAAUAAGACACGUGGAUUUGUUGAUGACUUCGAUUCGAACGUUCUUCCAUGUGAGGGACUAGCAGAGUUCUGCGACGUCACCGGUGCGCUACUCAAUGAGUUAGCUGUAUUCCUUCCGGAUAACUAA